AAUUAAUGUGACAUCAUAUUGCUUUGCAUUUGUAAUACGUGAAUUGAAAAGAGGACGGUUCUUCGCAGAGAGAAUUAUCUCUAUGAGGUGAUGCUCCAAUAAAGGCGAGAUGUCCUACAGCUAUCCCUCCAAAGUCAACGUGCCUCCGGGUUUGAGGACGCUUUUGGAAGGACUCAGUCGGGCCAUAGUGAAAAGACAGCCAGAUUACAUCUCACAGUUUGCUAAAUUUUACUUUGUCGAGCUCUUGCGCUUCAGGACAGAAAAUCCAACUCUUGCUAUCAAAGCCCUUGUGAGAGAAUUCAAUGCAACUAAAGUGCCUAAGUUUCCAAGUCAUGGCAUUGGAACUGAUGUUGCUCCACUGGCAGUUCAGAAUGAAAGUGCCACAGCAGUCUCUCCUGGUGGUCCAUAUGUCCAACCAUGUGGAGGUUACCCUCCGGCCGGGAUUUUUCCAACCCUUCCCAGUAUUCCAGGAGUGGAGGAGCAGGAUGCUGAGCAGCCCUGGAUCCACAGCCAGGACAUUCUGUACACCGUCACAACGUUGCCUGGUCUAUCAGCCUCCAAUGAAGCUGCAGAAGCAAAUUCCCUAGCAAGCCAAUACCUCAAUGACUAUGGCCUUCAGAGCCUUCUGCAGGCAGAUAUCUCUAACAUGUCCCCUCACCCCAUCUCAGCAGAGCAGACCGAUGAUGUAGUCAUCUUCCGCAGGAAAUCCAGCACAGACUGCAUGAUGGCUAACUGUGACAUCAACUCUACUGCUUCAGACCGGACCCGGCGAACCGAGUCAGCUCUCUUCGAGAGGGUCCCACUGAGUGAGAUCGAUCUCAUAUCCAAUGCUGUUCUGAUCAGGACACCUUCUGUGCCCUGUGAGUACAUGAUUGUGGUGCAGUCAGACAAUGUCCCGGAGACCAUAGUGUUUCAGAGAGACUCAUCAGUCAGUAAGAAAAUGCGGAAUGCUCAAACAGCAGCAGAUGGUGGUGCUGCCACUGGUGCCCCGGGCAACGCCCAGUCUGACUGCACACCCUGUUUCACCCCGCCUACAGCCCCAUCGCAAGUGGUCAAAGAUCAGUCUGCCACCAAAUUGGUCACGCCCCUAGUGAUGACUGAGGACCCUCAGCUUUUUGGUCGUGGAAAUAGGGCUGUCUUAACCCAACUUGAUUGGAAUCCACUUUCACCUGGAGAAAAUGUUUCCUACAAGCAUAUGGACAUAAAUAACGCAUUACCUGAUGCAAAUGCCUACAACCCCUACAUGAAUGAGAUGAUAGUGGAUAAAAUGAAUGGGGUGAACUUUGGUGUUUUACCCAAGGUGUCAGAUGAGAUGACAGGCUUCAAUGUUAUGGGCCCACCCACCUUCAUGCCACCACGUGUUUCAGCAGCAGAAGGAAUAAGUGCUCCUAGUUUAGUGUAUUCUUCGAUUUCAGCUGGACAGGAGGCUAAUACACUCAGUUUGGUGCUCCCGCCUAUUUCCAUUGCUCAAGAAAGUGGAGCACUCCCAUUGCUUAGUCCACCACCUAUCUCAAUGCCACAGGCCAUUACAGCCCCCAGUGUGGUGUUCCCAGCCACCUCACAACCAGAGGAAACAAAGACCUCCAAGUUGAUGGACCCACCUCUCUCCAAGGCAGAGGAAAUACAGGCCCUCCGAUCAAUGUACCCUUCUAUUGUGCCACCCAGUUUACCAAACCCAUCUGUACCAGCUCCACAGGAAACAACAGCCCCUCUGCUUUAUUACCCAUUUUUGGCCCAGGAGGAAACAAGACCCCCUUCAUUGCCACUCCCCCAGGCCCCAGUUGCCCACCUGUAUCAGUGCACUGGUCAGAAUGCACUAGCAUUCCAUGUGAAUGAGGAGAGCAGAAGAACACCAUAUAUGAUUCCAUUGGUCUCCCAAAGCAUAAUGGGAGUGACACAGAUGUAUGUUCAACCACAACAACCCCAGUUCAUUCACAGCUGGUCCAGAGAAGCAGAUUCACAAAGGCCAUGUGACACAGCGCCUACUGAGGCCAUGCCAGAGUGCCAGUAUGUUAGACCUGAAGCAUGUGGUAGCAGCUGGAGACUCUGCCACCUGGCACUCCCUGAGUCUAUGGCCAGGAUGCCAACAGCUGUGGCUUGCCCAGGAGGAUCUAGGACUGUGAUUGGCCGUGGGCAAGAGCAAGGCUACCUCCCUGACCAGGCCAACUUGCCAAUGCACCAGGACUUUGGGCCCCAGUUCAGCUCCCAUCCCAUACGUGCCAGCUUGUUUCAAACCCUCUGCCCCAUGAGUGGUGCCUACAUGCCAGUCAAACCCUCAGACCAUCGCUGCUGCCAGGCUGCCCCUGAUGUGAUCCUUCCACACUAUGCACUGAUCAACAGCCCAACUCACGGUGUUGCCUCUUGUCUUUUCCCUGCUCCAUCCUCCAUGCAGCCCCAGGGUUUUGCCUAUGAUCCUGUCCACAUGUAUGGUCCCCACAGUGAAUCUGUGAAUGCAAUGUCAUCCACCUUCAAUGUGAGGGCCCAUGCACGCCACCAGCAAGAGACAGCAGAACACUGCAGAGAGCCCAGCAAUAUGCCAAUGGGUGAAAAUCCAAAUGAGCAGAAUUAUUCUGGUUAUUGACAGCACGUCACCAGGAAUGAACAACUUAUUUAAUUUGUUCCUGAAAACAUACUGAACACUGUCAACAUUCCGCAAUA